AUUAUAUUAUACUAGAUGAUUUCUUGUGGAUAUUUAUAUAUUUUAUUAAAAAUAUGAUUUCCUCCUUAUUAGAGAAAUAGCAAUGCAGAUAUUUGUAAAAACUUUGACUGGAAAGACUAUAACCUUAGAAGUUGAGCCAAAUGAUACAAUAGAUAUUAUUAAAGCUAAAAUUCAAGAUAAAGAAGGUAUACCGCCAGAUCAACAGAGAUUGAUUUUUGCAGGUAAACAACUAGAAGAUGGCCGUACCCUUUCCGAUUAUAAUAUUCAGAAGGAAUCAACUCUUCACUUAGUUUUAAGAUUACGUGGAGGUGGAAAAAAAAGAAAGAAGAAAAAUUAUACUACACCCAAAAAAAACAAACAUAAAAAAAAGAAGGUCAAGUUGGCUGUCUUAAAAUUUUAUAAAGUUGAUGAAAAAGGCAAAAUUACACGAUUAAGAAGGGAGUGUUCUAAUCCUUCUUGUGGAAGUGGUGUUUUUAUGGCUGCCCACUUUAAUAGACAAUAUUGUGGAAAAUGUCAUUUAACCUUGAUGUAUGAAAAUCAAGAUGAAAAAUAAUUACAAAUUCAAUAUAUUUAUAUACAUGUUUUUAUUUUUUUUACAAAUAAAUAUCUUAAAAUGAAUUAUUUAAUUAUGUUAUCCAGAUACUUGGUUUAGGUUAAGUUAUACUUAAAAGUAUUAAAUUUUUAAAGCAGAAAAAUUUUGGUGAU